GAAUACGGCUCAGUCCGUAAGCGAAAAUGGCGUGGGAUACACGAGUUGCAGUGUGUUUGUGUGUUUUCUUUGUGAUACAGCGAGUAACAACAACGGAGUAUGAUCAUCGCAGCAGAAAUGGCCUGGCUCCAGAGUUCCGCCGCCACAGGGUGGUCCGCCCACGCAUGUUCCACGCCCGCGAGAAGAGGGAGAUCUCCAGCUCUCGCCAUCCGGAAGGGGGCCACAUCCACGAUCUCACUGUCGGAUUUGUUGUAGAUGGAAAAAAUUUUAUAUUGGAUCUUCGCCUAAACAGAGAACUAAUUCCUGAUACAUACUUCGAACGUUACCAGCACAAUGGCAAGCAUGUAAUCAACAGACCAACAUCUAAGGAAACAGAAUUGUGCCAAUACCAAGGAAAGUUGCGUGGAUACAGCAAUUCGUGGGCUGCCAUAUCAACUUGUAAUGGUUUAAGAGGUGUCAUAUUUGAUGGGGAACAGAUGCACUACUUAGAAAGAGGCCCAGCGGAUACCGAGAUAGAAGAUGCUGGCGGAGGAGGGGAUGGAGAUGGCAGAAGUGAAGAACUGGAAUCUCACAUUUUGUACAGCCAUUCAGAUCUUAUUACAAACCAUACAUGUGGUUACCAUGACACUCCUCAUGAUGUUAUAAUAAGUGAAGAAUUUAACAGAAUUCUCAGGUAUAAAAGGGAGGCUGAGAUGGUACGAGGACCAUACAAUGCAGACAAAAAGUCUCGUUAUGUAGAACUGGUUCUAGUUGUGGACAAUAAGGAAUAUAAAGCGCAUGGAGAAAGCCGACAUAAUGUGUAUGAACAUUGUAAGAAUAUUGCGAACAUUAUUAAUGCAUUGUAUGUCCCACUUAAUAUUUUCAUUGCAUUGGUUGGUGUAGUCGUGUGGACAGAAAAUGAUGAAAUCCAACUUUUAUCUAAUGGAGAUUUUACACUCACCAAUUUCCUUACAUACCGUCGUCAGAGACUUGUCAAAGAACAUCCAAAUGAUAAUGCACAGCUUCUUACGAGAGUGCAGUUUGAGGGUGGUGUUGUUGGGAAGGCUCUCAAGGGACCAAUCUGCACAUAUGAAUUUUCUGGUGGCGUCAGUAUGGAUCAUAGUAGUGUGGUCGGACUAGUAGCAACAACAGUGGCACAUGAAAUGGGUCACAACUUUGGAAUGGAGCAUGACACAGCAGAGUGCAAGUGUCCAAGUGAGCGCUGUAUAAUGGCUCCAUCUUCCAGCUCAAUGAGUCCAACUCACUGGAGUUCAUGUAGUUUGGAGUACCUAGCUCUAGCAUUUGAGCAUGGUAUGGAUUACUGCUUAAGAAACAAACCUAAAAGUCUGUUUGAUGGCCCAGUAUGUGGCAAUGGAUUUGUGGAAGCUGGAGAGCAGUGUGACUGUGGAUUACCUGAACACUGUGACAAUCCAUGUUGUAAUGCCACAACUUGUAUGCUUUUCUCUAAUGCUUCUUGUGCUACAGGGGAAUGUUGUGAUCUGAAGACAUGUCAUCCAAUGAAGGCAGGGACAAUGUGCCGUUCUGCUGACCAUGAAUGUGAUCUUCCAGAAUACUGCACAGGCCAAUCAGAGUAUUGUCCUGAUGACGUAUACAAGAUGGAUGGUGAAGUGUGUGAUGGGGGAAAAGCAUUUUGCUAUCAAGGUUCUUGCCGCACACAUUCUGACCAAUGUCGUCUGCUGUGGGGCCCCUCAGGGAAGAGCUCUGACAUGCAAUGUUAUGAAAUGAAUGAACAAGGCAAUCAAAAUGGCAACUGUGGAUUUGAUCGCUUGAACCGCUCGUUUCACAAGUGCACAAAAGAAGACAUAUAUUGUGGAAUGCUACACUGCAAGCAUCUGAAUGAGAAGCUUGAAUUUGGAAUGGAAUCAGUGGCCAGGCUGGCACAUUCCUUUAUAAAUGCUGGUGGAAGCCUUAUCCCCUGCAGAACUGCCCUUGUUGACCUUGGUCUCAAUGAAGUUGAUCCAGGCCUUGUACCAAAUGGAGCAAAGUGUGGUGAAGGAAAGAUGUGUGUGAGCCAGCGUUGUAUGCCAGUGGGCUCACUGCGAGCUGCAGCUGUGUGCCCCCAGAACUGUAAUGGUAAUGGUGUCUGUAACAGUCGAGGUCAUUGCCACUGCGCUACAGGAUUUGCUCCUCCAUUGUGUGACUAUCCUGGGACUGGUGGCAGUGAAGAUAGUGGACCUGCUUCAGAUCCAAAUGGAAGAAAAGAUGUAAUCACAGCAAUGUACGUGAUAUUCUUAGGAAUUGUUCCUUUAGUAGCCAUAAUUGCUGUUUUCAUUCAUUACACACGGCGAAAUGUGAAGUACUGGUGGAAGAAGAACAGCAACAUCCCAUCUUCGACCAAUACAAUGAAUGGAAGAGGCCCUCCAUCGAUGAAACCUUUGGAGAAGAAAAAUGGUCAACUACGGAGAAUAAGCCGUGGAAAUUCCUUGGCAUAUCACCCUGAUAAAAGCAAUGGAUUGGAAAUUUCUGCUCCGCUUCCUGCUGACCACCGAAGUGCUUCUGAUAGUGCUCGUGCUUCUCUGCUUCCAGCACAUGACAGCAGUUCUGGAUCACUUACUGGUUCAGCAGCAUCAACAAAUACAAACAGUUCGGGGAAUCUUCAGAAUAAUUUACUUGGACACUUUAAAGGCUUCACAAUUACACCAUUACCCUCUUCAUCAGAAGGAUCUUCGCAGAUUCAUUCGCCACCUGUGAGGACACUGGCCUCUCCAGUUUCUCCUCCAGUAGUCCCCUCUGUCGCCAUACUCCCUCCAAAGCCAACUAAUUUUCCUGCAAGAUCAAGUAAUACAUGUACCACAGCUGCACAGAAUAACUUUAUUCCUGCAUCAGCACCUCUGUCCACAUCAGUAACGAGUGCACCUGCAUCUAGACCAGUUAUUAGCAACCCAAUUCUUGAUGCAACUACUUGCACUGCUAAGGAGCUCGUUGCUGCUCGAGCAGCACCGUCAGUACCUACAAGGCCAGCACCUCAAGUUCCUCCUGCAAAUAUACCUUCAGACACUAAUACCAGUUCAAAUAAACCUCCCAGGCCUGUGUCUAUACCUAACACAUCUGCUGUUAAUAUGUCUGCUUUCUCUUCGUCAUUAGAAGACAGAAAAUCUAAAGAAAAUGGAUCAAGCUAUCCCACACUUACUCGAAUUGCAUCUUUUAUGAUGCGUCAAAAUCCAGUAAAUAGAUCACAGUCAAGUGCUCAUGGAACAGGUCAUAAUAAUGAAAAGAAACUGAAAAAUAAACUAGGUGAUGGCACAAACUCACUUCCUAGAACACACCAUCAUGCUGUUAAAGCCGCUAAACUUCAAAUUGAUCGCGAUACACUUAGAAACUUGCAGAUUUCUGAGCCAAUACCACUGCAAGAAAUAGAAGUUCCACAGAAUGCAUUGCCAGUAAGAGCUGCUCCAUCAGUAUCAAAUGAAGAGCCCAACAAGAAUGUUGUCAUGCGAGCUCAGAGCAUGAGGAGCACAGGAUCGGUUGUGCAGAGACCGGCUAUUCCUACAUUUGGGUCAAUGAGACAGUCUUCUGCCACAAAGAGACCUACAAGCAUUCCAGCCGGAAGUCGUCCUACAUCACCUCCACCUCGGCCACCUCCACCUCCGACAACCAAAGCUGAUGAAUUACAUACAGGAAUCAUAGGACUACCAGGCUAUCAGAACCCACCUGCAGUAAACAAUGGUGAAUAUGCUUAUGAUGACUGCUUAAAUCUCAUACAAGAAGGUUCUGUCCCAUUAGCUAACAUUGAUGAAGAAACAAGUCCCGUGAGUGCUGACAACAUAUAUGCUGUGAUUGAAGAAAGUCCUCCUGAAAAAAGUAGGAAGAAUACUGAAAGAGGCUUUUCAACAACUGCAAAGACAACAAACGGAAACACAAAAACAGCUGAGAAAUCUGAGUAUGCUGCACCCUCAUUUAGUGAAUACCAUUCACCAAAACCAUUGGAAAACAGUGUUUCUGCUGGGAGUGCUGAAUCAGUUGGCCUACUUUCAGAGAUAGUAAAUGAAAUUCAGGCAAGGAAUAUGGAAUCUAUAUAUAGUAGUUCUACUGUUGCCAGAGGAAAGAAAGCAGACGACACACACAAAACAGAAGACGAUGAUGCUUCUUCUACAGUAACAGGCACAGACUCUUCAGUGGCUGGUUCGGGAUCACCACAACCUUUUCCUGAAAAAUUAAGUGCAGUAGCUUCUUCUAACAGUUCUUUGGGCACUUAUGUAAAUGCACCAUAUGCCAGCAGCAUAUACAGAUCUUCUGCCAGCACAUACAGUAACACUUCACAGAGUGGAGUGGGUCCUCCAAGCACAAAGGCUUCAAACAGUUCAUCCAGUUCCAGUAGUGGCUACCUGAGUCCAUUGGCUGUCAAUUCUGGAUCAAUGGGCACUACAAAACCAAACACUAUAAGCAGUAAGCCUGGCGAUUUUAGCACUUUUAAGGCUACUCCCAGUCACUCAGCAGCAUCCACAACAGAAAGUUUUUCUAAAAGUUUUGAUGUGUCAUCAUACAAACCGUUUAGCUCUUCUCUCCAGCGUUCUUCUGGCCCAUUGGCUGCAGCUUUCCGUUCAACACCACAAAAUGCAGGAAGUGCUGAUCUUGAUACAAAAGCCAACAUCAAUUCAGAAAAUAAAGGUGUAGCCUCAGCAUUAAAAUCUGAAAGUGUUUCAUCACCUUCAACGACAACAGAUGCAAAAAAAUCAUCGGAAUCUGUAACAAAAGCACAAAUAGGCAUAAAGAAUGAAAAAACAGCACCAAAGCCUGCAACAGGUGCAGCUGCCCAGACCAGAGCGUCAGGUCCAGUAGCUGCUUCUGCAAAUGGAACUCAGAAACCAACUUCUGCAAUUAUAACAAAAGGAAAUGUAGUAACUUCUCCUACUAGCUCUACUUCAAGUAAAAAUAAAACAUCUGUUAACAGUGUUAAAACUGGUAAUGUAAAUAAUAGUCCUGAUGUAGUUUCUAGUUGUUCUGUUGUUGAGAAUGGAUCUGCAGAGAAAUCUCCUGAUGUUGUAAGUGGAAAAGGUAGUAGGUCAGGUGCUAGGUCUCCUGAUGUGGUGCCAACAAAUGUUGAUAAAUCACAAACACAAAUAAGUCAAAGGACUGCUGGACGCACAGCAACAAAUAAUAACAAAAGUGCAACAUCUGCCAGUGCUUCUAAAGCUUCUAGUGCAACAGGACCAGCAAAACAACCUCAGAUGACAUUAGGGAAGGCAAGUGUUUCAGGGAAACAACCACAGACAGCUCCAAAGCCAACAGUACCAAGAUCUGUUAGCAGUGCAACAGAUAAACGGAAUGUGUCAAACAGUGGAAAAGAAAGUGGUAUCAGGACAGCAGGGAAGGGGCCUACUGUUGCAAGGUCAGCAUCGGAAUCUUCUGGUAAUCGAACAGUGCCCACUGGUGCUCGCCAGGCUGCCAGCAAGCUUUCCCAUGUUGCAUCUUUGCAACAAAAAUUUGAAACUGUAUCAGAAAAGAACACUGGGUCUGUAACAAGCUCAAGAGUACCCUCAAAUGCUUCAAAUAAAGUUAAACCAUCCUCACCCAGUGCAAGUUCAAAACCCAUUUCUGAUUCAGGAAGAACUGUUUCCUUUAAAAAGUGAAGAAUAUGUGUUUCUGUUCUAGAGUUAAUGCUGCUCUGAUUCUUGUUACAAUGAAGUAUGAGGCUUCAUAAGCAAGGUGUAGUGCUGAAUGCCUAAUUCAGUGAGAAUAUGACUCGCAUGGCCAUCAGAUGAGAUAAGUGUCUUAUGUAACUUUUAUAUCUUUUCUGGCAUUUCUCACAGAACAUUUUGUUUCCAUUUUUGAAGUUCUGUAAUGGUGCUUAUUGUAAUGAAGAACUAGAACUCACAACAUCUAUGUGCACAGAAUAGUUGAGAAAUUGAAGUUAGACUAACAAUGCUGAGAGACAAACUAAUGAGCAUUGUAGGAAAUGUGCCACUGAUCUUGCUGCUGUGUUGUAUUUAAGAAAAUGGCUCUGUACCGUGUACACUGUGGUGAACUGAUUAAUGUAUUUUUUAGCCUAGGACUGAAAACCUUUAAUCUGGAGAAACAAAAUCAAAGCAUUCCUGUUACAUUCAUUACCAUAUUAUGGUAUCCAAAAUAUGUUUCUUAUUUUGAUGAACAAUUUAAGAAACAAUGUUAAUUUUCCAGAUCACUUUUAUGUGUUACAAGAAUUAUUGGAACUAUGAAAACAUAGUGGUGCAAUGUGGCAGACGAUUUUAAAGUUUUGUUAAUGCAUAACAUAUACUUUUUAUAGCAGAGUUUUCAACUUGUUGAUUGUUACCAAGAUACUGGUAACAGGUUUGUUUAAAUGUUUACAUGACAACUGUGAUAAUAUUUUUUUUAUUGUGUAAAUUGUUUACUGUUAAUGUAAUUUGUAUAAUGGUAUCUAGAGCAAUGCUUCAAUUUGUAUUUAUCCAGUACAGUCACGAACAUUGGAAGAAACAUAAGAGGAAAACAGUACUGCAGUUCUUUUAACAAUUAAGGAGGCUUAAAAGAAACCAUUUAUGUAAUUUACCUUUUUACCUUGCAGUCUUGAAAUGGCAACUUUCUUUUCAAAAGUUGAAAUCUGGCUAAGUCAUAGAGCUGUUAGUGCAACUCUAAAGUGGGUAUUAAGUAUUGCAGUAGGAAAAUACAUGUCCUUGUCCAGUAAAUGUGAUACUUGAGGCAGGGAGAAUUAUAGUUUUACCUUUUUUAUGAAUUACAGGAUAUACAGUAUGAACAAAUCAUUCCACUUUCCUAUCAGAUGGAAAUAGCUGUUGUUGUUGUUAUGUUAACCUUUUCUCCCCUUUAUAAAAUAAGCUAAUUUCUAUAAUGUAGUGUGUCGGGUUUGCUUGGGAAUUAUUAUUGGUACUAAAAUGCUGAUGAAAGGAUUUCCAUUGUUUCAACACUUUAAAAUGUUUUUAUUCCACACAAAACUUGAACUACAGUUGUAGUUAUUUAAUUGGGGGAAGUAGUUGUUCCUGUAGGCUUAUACAUUAUUGGAGGAGAUCUUGCAGUAAAAGCCUAGUUAUGUGCAACUGUACAUCACUUUUGAAAGUUUGAAUAACUGUUGUUUUAGGUAGAUUACUUAUCUGAGGUGGUUAUAAACAGUGUUGCACAACAGCAAGGGACCAUUAAGUAAGGUUAUAUUACAGUUCAUCAAUUUACUUUAAGUAAGAGUAUGAUUAUGGUUCUCUUUACAUGCUUGUAUCUGUGAAUAGCUACAGAACUUUCUGUGCUCAUGCAGCUAUUUUUUACAGCACAUUGUCUGUAAAACACAUGUAUUUGAGAUACAUUUUGAGUCCAGGAUAGCACAGACAAUCUGAGAAUUAAAGUGGAUUCAUUGACCAUUAUUGGUAUCAUUGCUCUGAGUUUUUUGCACCAUAUGCCAGAACUUAAGAACAAAACAAUGAUUGGUUAGCAGCUACAAGAUCACAUUCAGAAUUAAUUUAAACGAAUUACCUGUGAGAGAAAGAAAGAGGCUGGUACUAUUCUUGUGAUAAUUUCCUGUUAAUUACCAAUGCUAACAUACAGUGAGUGCUAAUUCGAGCUUCAGUGAAUUCAUCCAUGUCAGACAGCAGCUCAGUUCACAAUUUUUUGAGAAAUUCCGGGCAAUAUUACUUCAGAGUUAUCAAUUUUAAUUACACAGUAUUGUUUGCACAUCUCUUUUUUUACAAGUCUAUCAACUUGAAGAGCUGUUGUUGUUUGCAGAUAUUUGAAGCUCUUAAUAAGAGAGUUCUUUGUAUGACAACUAGACUAAAGUAUAAGACAUGCAGUCACACUUCCACUUGUCACAUUCCUCCACAUGUUGCAUACUUAUGGGCCACUCAUUGAAUUACUGUACAGUUUUCCUCUUACACUGUUAUUCUGUUCCAUAUCACCUAAAUUUUCACUGGGAUACUCGAUAAACACAGAUGUUGCCAUUUUUAUGUUGCUAAUAGUAAAUUAAAGUUAUGAAGAGGAAGUUAUCACACUUUUUUUAUUGCAUUUUGAAUUGGACUGUUCAUCUGAAGAAAACUUCUAAACAUCUGGAUUAUUACUGUUCAAGAAUGCAUUGUUAUUCAACCAUACUUGAAAUGGAUCCCACGUAAUUUUUUCUUUUUUUAUCACAUGUAAGUGAAACAAUAUUUUUGACCAUUUAUUAUUAUCAUCAUUAUAAAUACAGCUAUAUGGUGGUUUUAAUCAUGUAACAAUCGUGCAGGGUAUAUAUUUUUAGUGUUUUUAUUUUAACCCAAAGGUUUGGGGAUGGAAAAAAAAAAAAACCUGUUGCUGUGGCGAAAAUAAUCUUUAGGUGGCAUUUGUGUAAUUCACUAUUCAUUUAUUGAUUCUGCAGUUGUUUAUAUAUUGUGACAUCGUUUUAUCAGUUUUAUAUCUAUACUAUUCUUCUUUAAUCGAGAUGACAUAGAACCACAUCAUACAGGGGUAAGAGGGAUGGAGAAGCAAAACAAAGCAUUGUUAAUAUGAAAAAUGAAGGGAGAAAUCUUUAGAAUGAGGCAGCAUAUGUGUGAGAAUAUUGGUUAAAGGAAGGUCUUAGCGGUGAGGUGUUUUUGGUGAUGACUCGGAUGUGUGGCCUUGGUGCUAAAAUAGGAAACUUUUAUAUUCGUUUCCAAUAUCUAAUUUUCUUCCCUUUUUUGAAAUAUGAACCUAUUUUUUUAAAAUCUGUUACUUCCCUUGAAUGUAGGUUUUGUGUCAUGACAGAUCAUAAGUUGCAUUUUCAUUAUUAUUUAAAGUAAAAGUUGCUUCAGUUACUGAGAAACAGUUUUUGCAUUUUUAAUCUGAAUUCUGAAUUGAACAAUCACUUUACUCCAUCUUCUUUGUUUCAGAAAACAGUAUUUCAUUUCAUUUAGUUGUGUGAUGUUCUUUGACUGUCAAGCAUAUCAGCUAUUUGAUAUAUAUGAAUGUUGUGUGUGGUGUUAUUUUGGAGGUGUGUACCCACAUAGUAGCUCUUUUGUAUAAUGCGUGUUAUAUGAUAGUGUAGUUGUCAGCAAUUGGCUGUACUUGGAUCUGAUAUAAAAAUUCAGAUUUAGACAUAAUGGGGUGUGGUUAAAUCUUAUAUGCAGUGGCAGAUGUGGUAUACUAAACACUGGCCAAUUUGUACUGGUGCUAUGGACCUGGAGCAUAGAAUAACUAUUUACCUGAUUUAGGUUCUCGGGAUUUCCCUAAAAUCGUUUCAGGCAAAUGCCGGGAUGGUUCCUUUGAAAGGGCAUGGCCGAUUACCUUCCCAAUCCUUCCCUAACCUGAGCUUGCGAUCCGUCUCUAAUAACCUUGUUGUCGACGGGGCGUUAAACACUAACCACCACGAACCACCAACUAUUUACCAUCAAUGGAAAUCUACAUCCCUCCCUGUAGCUGUUUUAAGCUACUGCAAAUAGUUUUCUUUUUUUUUUUUUUUUUCAGAAGAAAUAUUUUAAUGAAAUAUUCAAUUAAGAGUUCAGCUUCAUUAAUUUCACUGUGUUUUUGAUAUCUUGCAAAAGACACUCUUUAUUAUAGAUUCAUGGGUAGCGUCUCUACUAAGAUUUUGGAUGAAAUUUUGUUAUAUGGAAUUGCGAGGGCAGGAGAGGAGGCUGUUCAUGUGAAGUACAUAAUCUUAUUGGCAUAACAGCUGCAUCAGAUGCAAGUGCAGAACUACUGCAUUAAAAUAAUGUACUGCGACUUCCACUGUUUCCAAUUGAGUUUCGUAAGUUACAAUAUUAAUUAAAUUUGCAAGAGCAGUACAAUAGAAUAACAAUUGACACCAAAAUUGUCUGUUUUCUGGGAGCUGAGACACUAAAUAUAAUCUUUCCCUUGUUCUUGUAUCUAUUUCUCAGAUGAACAUAUCUGCAAACAAAGAAGAUGAGAUUCUUAAUUAGUGUCUAUAAAGAAAGUAUAGUCCAAAAAAUAAAAUGAAUCUGCAUAGGUUUCCAAAGCUUUGUAUGUAAUACUGCAUGUAGAAUAGGUCUCUCUCUCUCUCUCUCUCUCUCUCUCUCUCUCUCUCUCUCUCUCUCUCUCUCUCUCUCUCUCUCUCUCUGUGUGUGUGUGUGUGUGUGUGUGUGUGUGUGUGUGUGUGUGUGUGUGUGUGUGUUUGUUUGUUUGUUUGGGGUAGGGGUGGGGGGUGUCACGCACACAUGUGCAUGCACACAUCAUACAUGUUCUGCAAGUGUGUGCCAGAAUUAUUGUGCAAAAUCUGAUAUAGUUCAUGUUACUGAGACAGGGGUGGGGACUCACUGUGGUUCGAAUAUUCUUACUUCUGCAAUAAUCUUAAUUUUUCCCUCAAGUCUUAAAAUGCAAAGGUGGCACAGUUAAAUUAGCACUGGAAUAUACUUAAUUAUCAACCCCAACAAUGAAUCUGAAACUUCGAAAACUAACUUCUGAAUUGUAUCAGUUCUUAUCAGUAAUGGUGGAAGCAAUGCAAUAAGCAGUCUCAAAUGCUGGCAUGCAGAUGUUCUAAUUCCUUUGUAGUUGAACAAAAUGCAACACUCAUCUUCAUACAAUAUGUUUUAUGUGACUUCAAUGAUUUGAAUUACUUUUCAUUUAAUAUUUGUUUAUAGAAUCUAUAUUUUUUCAAUUAUAUGCAAGUUUCCCACUUAGAGACACAAUAAUGUGAUGGCUUAGGCUUUAUACAUUUGUCUAAUGCUUGAGCUCAUGUCCUGCUUGCAACCUGUAUGCAUCUGUGUGUAUAAACCUGACUAAUUUAUAUUCUGCUUUAGACAUACUGUUCUCAUAUCAUUAAAAUACAGUGUAGUAGGAAGUGCCAUAACGUUGUUCCAAGUGGCCCUUUUCAUCAUGUGCAUCAGGAUAAUUACUUAGGGUGGCAUUUAUUCUCAUGCUAAUAUUGGCUAUAGAACAGUCAGAACUGAAUCUGUUACAUGUUAGUUUUGUAUGUACUUACUUGGCAAAAAGACAGUACAUCCAUUUCUGUGUUGUGCUACACCUUCUUCUCUACAGAGAACAGCUGUCAUUUCCUGCACUUUAUUGUAGAAAAAAAUAAGAAUCUCAAUUCUCGGGAAAUAAUUUUGCUUUGUUCCUUUCCGUAUUUCUAGUAAAAUGUCAAGACUUCAGUAUUUAUGUAUGUGUGCUCAUGCUUCGAAAUAACUAACAAAUGUUAGGAAGUUGAUCUCUAAGUACUGGUUAUAUUUGUGACUUUCUGCAUCUGGUGAAGAUAUUUUUUUAAUGCUAUAUUGUAGUAACUUCAACUGAUGGUGGUAAUGAUUUGCAUCUGCUAAGGGCAGUCAAACAAGUGAUGAAUUCUUUGAAUAUCUGUUUUUGGUCAUACAGCAUACUAAAAAAUGAGAUCUGACAUCAACAACAAUAACACAGUUAUUUUUCAUUUAUAUAAAAUUGCUUGUGACACUUCAGAACAGUGAAUUACAAAACUAGUGAUAAUGCUGAUUGAGUUAAAUUUUAAGCUCUUAUAAAAGUAUUUUAUGACAAGUUUUCCUUCUGAAAGUAUAAUACUUCUCUAUUUCACUUUAAAUUUAAAGGUAUCUACUGGAGAGUCACUGUUAUAACCUGUAAAACUAUGUAGAUUUUGCUGUUAAUUAUUAGCACUGACAAUCCAGAUUUGAUGAUUAUAUUUUCCUAAUGUCUGUGAGAUAUGGAUUUUUCUAGCAUGUCAAUAUUUGAUUCUCAGUGUACUUUGUAAAAAUGCUCUGCCUGUACUAUUAUUAAUGUAUCAGUGAUACUCAGAUGUUAAUACCAUGUCAGUGUAAAAAACCUUGUGUAUAUGGUAUAUGUGUGUGCUUCAUAUUAUUUAUUACAAGAUUGAAAUUUGGUGUACUAGAGCAGCAUAAUUCCUGUGGAUAAUGGUUGCAGUUAUUUGUGCAUUUUACAUAAACUUAACUAACUUCUUCAUGUCAUGUUUGUAAAAUUGUCUCUAUGGCAGGUUUUAAUACUAUGUAUUCGAAACUGCUAUGAUUCACAAAGAAACAGAUGCUGUUGUUCAGCUCUAUGAAGCAUGUAACAAUCACACAAGUGCUGGAGAAGUUGAUGCAGUGACAGUUUACACAUGUUGUAAUAACAAGAUUGCCUUUAAAAAACAUCAUUUGUUUUGAAAGUGGUAUGUCUUAGUUAGAUUAUUGUAGCUGAAAUUUCAACCAGUUGAUUCACAAAUGAAUUAUGCUGCCUGAGUAUAUACAGUCAAUGAAAUGUUGUGUAGUCAAAGAUUGUUGUAUGUUACAACUGGUUGUCAUCAGAGUAUGUUAUCAGGAUUGUUGAUUAGAGUUGGGAAUGGAAACAUGAUGGAACAGCUUCAAAGUUCACCAGUCCUUACGUGACACUAAAGGAUUUAUGUUUUUCUAUAUUGUACACCGUAUGUAUUAAUUUUUUAAAUUAUUUUGUUGUAUAAAUACCAAAGAUUUUUGUAUUAUAAAAUGGUGCACAAAUGA